AUGUCUUCUCGCAAGACUUUCAGGAUCAAGCGAUUCCUGGCCAAGAAGCAAAAGCAGAAUCGUCCCAUUCCUCAAUGGAUUCGAAUGAAAACUGGCAAUAAAAUUAGGUACAACUCCAAGAGAAGACAUUGGAGAAGAACCAAGCUGGGUCUAUAA